AUGUUGACUAUCGCGCUUGCUGAACAUGUUGGCGAAAAUGCGCAUAUCUGCACGGUUUUGCUCACGAGAACUAACCAAAAAAGUGCGAUUGUAGCCUGUACCGCCAAUGUCAGCACUAAGAACGAGAACCGGUCGGAUACCAUUCGCGAGUACAACUUUGACGGAUUUCACGUGGUAUUCCUUCCAUUUGCUGAAGAUAUUCGUGACGUGUCUGAAAAGAUGAAAUGCCCUGAAGGAGACUGGCCAAAACAACGAGAAGGAGGUUGGACUGUCGGGUAG